CAAGAAUUAUUGAACGUAAACAGAAACAAACACAUGGAUUGAUUUGCCGAAUUGUUAUUAUUAAGUGUAUUUAAUAAUUAUAACACAGAAAAUGCUUCCCCGUGAUGAUUUAAUAUCCUUUAUGGAUCUACUUGACUUAGAUGAAGAAGUUAUUGAUACUCGAUUGACAGCUAUAAUGGAAAGAUCAAAUUUCAUCGAUAACCAUCUUACGAAUGCAUUAAAUCUGUUAAAAUAUAAACAACUUAUUAAUUUAAGAGAAGAUUCUGAAUGCGAUAAUGAUAAAGAAUUUUCUUUCGUAAGUAAAUUAUUAAGCAAUCUACAAGAGGAUAAUGUGGAAAAUAUUUGUAAAAUAAUUCAAGUUGUACUAUCUCUAAAUCCGAAUACUUUAGUAUCUAAAUCGGAACAUUUAGUGCAACAAAUUUUAUGCAAUAUGGAGUUACCAACAGAGCCUGUUAAACCAUUGAUGAGCAAUAAUGAUCAUGUUACAAAAACACUGAUAAAUUUAAAAGUUUGCAGUAGUAUUGUUGAAGCAGUUAUAAACAGUAGUAAUGUUCUAACACUACCAUUUCUGGAAGUACCACUGGAGAAUGUUCUAUAUAGUAAUGAUGAUAAACUCAAAGGAUAUUUCUUAACCAAGACAGUUCCAUUAUUCUUUAAAGGUGUCCAUGGCUAUGGAAUAUUGGAUAGAAUUUGGAAAUACCUUUUAAAGAUAAAUAAUAAAACAGAAAUAGGUCUUAAAACACUGAGUUGUCUUUCAGACUAUUAUUUGCCUAAUGUAGAUGAUAAAAUAACUUUAGAAUCAGAAAUUGUAUUUAAACAUCAAUUUUGGGAGAUCAUUUUGGAUGGAUUAAUGUCUGAUUUAUCUGACAGAAAGAUGUCUAUAUAUCUGGCUAAAAGAGCACUAGAUUAUUUGAGGUUCCUUAAAAAAGAUGCUCUUAUAAGCUCAGAGGAUAAUAUUAUAUUUAAAUGGAAUUACAAAAAUAUAGAUGAUCAGAAACUUAUGUGGGACAAUUAUUUUAUAAUACUAGAUAGCUUAGAAGAAAAACAAAGUAAUAUUGUCCUUCCAUCUUUAAGACUUCUUGAAACAUUAAAAGAUAUGCCGGAAUGUUGGUUAAAUUGUAUAUUUAAUCUUGGUUUGAAACAUGAUAACACACAAGUUCGUUUAAAAUGUAUAGAAAAUAGAUUGAAGAGUAAAAUAUAUGUCGCAUCUGAGGCAAAGACACUUCUAGAAGCGUUUAAUGAUACUUACCUCUUCGAUAAGAAUACUGAUUAUAAUACACUCAAAAACACACUGUCAAAUGUGUUUUCUGAUAUUAAAACUUUCAUGUGUAUUCUUACCACAAUGCCGGUAAUAAAAUGGGCACCAGUUCCAUUAUUUCAUCUAAGCGAAGUAUUAGCAUGUGUGCGAAAAGAUUUAGUAAGCAAAUAUGAUCAAACAAGCAUCUCCCAAAUGAUAUUGAAUAUUUUAAAAAUAUCAUGCAAUAAUAUAUUAAUACGGAAAGCAGUUCUUGUUAAUAUUUCACAUUUAGUUGGCAACUGUUGUAAAGGUUUGCAUUGGAGAGAAUAUUUGAAUUUAUAUUCACAUUUUCAAUUUGAAUCAUAUACAGAAGAGAGUAGGAAUAAUAACCCAUUGAUAAUGUAUUUAAGAGAAAAUACAUUGUUACAAGCAAAUGAUAUACAAUCUUUAUUCAUUUUAAUAACCACAGCAGAAAAGACUAUAGAUUUUGGUUUGUUUUACAUUCAAACACAUCCUGUAGAAGUUACCGGUUUACUAACAUUGAUUAAUAAAAUGAUUUUGAACAUCCAAGACAUCAACCAAAGACAAUUUGCUGAUAAAAUGAAUUGCUUUGAUGAUGUUGUAUCUUUAACAUAUAUUUUUAGUAAGACAACAAGAAAGAAUAAUUCAGCAAUAGAGAACAUAAAUCUAAUCACAGCGACAGCAUAUAAAACUAUCCUCGAAUACUUGAUUUCUCUGUUGAGAAAUGAUAAAUAUCUAACUGUACAAGAGAUUAACACAUUAUUCCGUGGCUUAAAACCAAUGAUUACUAAUUUAAGUGAUUACAAUUCAAUAGAGACUGUAUUACAAGUGUAUAAGUCAUGUAUUCUAAUGCUUACAGAUACUCACAUAGCUUUAGAAGUAAGAAUAUUAUCUGUGAAUAUUCUGAGUGCUUUAUUAACAAGUCCAUUGAUGAUAGAGUAUUAUGGACAUGAAAUUUUGUCUUUGGACAAAUUCUUACAACUAACUAAAACAGGAUUGGAAAAUAUUAAUGGAAAAGAAAGAAGUGGGAGACUUAAAAACAUUCUAUAUGAAAAGUAUUGUGAAAUCUUAUAUAAUAUUAUUAAAAUUAAUAAAACCAAUGUGAAUACUGUAUCAAAAGAGUUUACAAGCUUUAUUGACAAUGCAGUAGAAUGCGGUGGCUAUGGUUGUUUAAUUUGGAUACUUAAAAUUAUGAAAGAAGUUAUACCAAUAUUGGAUGUAUUUGAUUUGUCAGUAUUUUUAGAAAGAAUGUGGAAAGAGAUAGAAGAAUUAAAAACGAAUAAUCAAUAUAUCAAAUGUAUUGAAGAAUUUGUAAACAUAAUCACAGAAAAUGCGUUAUUAAGUAAGCCUGAAUAUAAUAAUCUGUUGCUAGCGUAUUGGUGUAAAAUAAUUGAAUAUGGUCCAAUAAAAAAUACUCCAUUAUUCUUUCUAAUGAGACAAAUUAAUGGGAAAGAUCUGUCUAAGUUUGGGCCAAUGAUAUAUGCUCUGUGUGAUAUUUUACUCUAUUGUCCUAUACCUAGAAAAGAUCAGAGGAUCACCGAUAACCUAUCGAUUGAAAUUUUAAAUCAAAACAAAUAUGGCAUUGAUAAUAAAAGUUUCGAUGUCCACUUCAAUUUUCACAUACAAUAUUUAUCAUAUUCUGCAUUAAGUAAAGUCGAUGAUAAAGAUGUUUUAAACACAAUAAUAACAUACAUAAUAAAUAAAAUAAAUACUGUAUUUACAAGUAAAAAACGCUAUCAUGGUAAUUCAAAAUCACAUAGAAUAUUAUUAACGGGUAUGCAGACUUUGCUUCUAAUAUUGUUGAAAUCGAGAGAUGUUAGUAUGGAUAAUGCUGCAAACUGGUGCAUGGAUAUGUUAGGAUCAAUACCACAUCAACCGAGUGUUAGAAUAUGCCUAGAGUGGUAUAUAGCUCUUUACUACUGUUUCAAGGAAGUCCAAAUUGGCAAGAAUAUGGUAGAGCAUUUUAAGUCAAAGAAUAUACCUUUGACGUCACAAUUUAUUAUCCUUUAUUGGAUAAUUAAAUUCAGAAUAAAGCAUGCGUCUUUAAAAAGCGAUGAAUACGAAUUUGUUAUGGACACCCUCCUUUAUCAUACGAUGGGACAAAUAUUUAGUUUGAGACUACAUGCGCAGUAUCUCGCUACAAAAUUAUACGAUUUAAAUAUAAUUAAAUCUGACAAAUAUAAUUUUACCGUACAAGUUAUAAGAAAAACUUUCGAAGACAGUUCAAUAGACAAGGGCUUUAUAAAACUACAGAAAGAUUAUUUCGCUAACGAUUUCGACCUAGUCAUAGACUUUAUACCAAGUUUUAUAUUUUAUUUUCUACCCAGAUAUUGUGAGAUGUAUAUCAAUGAAAAAGUAGAUAAAAACUUUAUAAAAAAUAUUCUACAAGAGAUUGAUGAUAAUUCCUUUGCGAAGGUGUCAAAGAGUGUGUUUAAAACAGAAUGGACUAGAUAUCAAAAAAGGCAUGAUAAUAUUUAUGAGAGUUUGAUGACCGAAAUGAAAGAAGCCGUACAAGAGGAUGAAUCUAAAGGGACUAUUCAAAAGAAAUAUGUUCCAUGGAAGAAUAUGAGUGACAUUAAUAUGUAUGAACUUCAAGAUAAGAAAGGCAAAAAAGGUGAACUCAUAGUGGUUGCCUCAUUGAUCGAUAAACUACCGAAUCUUGGAGGAUUGGCUCGCACUAGUGAAGUGUUCGGCAUUAGAACAUAUGUUAUCGAUAGCCUCCGUCAUAUCCAGGAUAAGCAGUUUCAAGGAUUAAGUGUAUCAGCGGAACGUUGGAUUGAUGUUGAGGAAGUGAGACCUUGUGGUCUGAAGCAGUACCUCAUAGAGAAAAAGUCUGAGGGAUAUUGUGUAGUUGGUGCUGAACAAACUUCAACAAGUUGUCAACUGCAAACAUUCAAGUUCCCGAAGAAGACAUUACUGUUGCUUGGACAUGAAAAGGAAGGAGUACCGUGCGAUCUUUUACCUCUAAUGGACUUCUGCGUUGAGAUUCCACAACAAGGCGUGGUUCGGUCUUUGAAUGUACACGUCACGGCCGCCAUCUUUGUUUGGGAGUAUUCAAGACAGAUUAUGUUAUAACAUAUGUAAAUAAAUAUUUAUACCCACUUAAAUAAACCAAUAUUUAAUAUCUCAUUAAAGUUGAAAAUC